GGAUGGGCUCACUGAGGACACUGGGCAGGAUGCAGAAGAUGCCAGUGAGGAGCCCCCUGAGGAUGAGUCAGCCAUGGGUGUCCAGGAGGCAGGGACAGCCACAGAUGACCCUGCAGUCUCUGAGGAUGUUGCCUGUGAAGAUUCUACAGGUGGCAAGGACCAGGUUGACCAGGAUGAACUACCUGACCACAAUGAGAAAACCAAUCAAGAAGAAAUGGCAGGAGCUACCCAGGAGGCAGAAGAUGACCUGCCAGAGGGCCAGGACCCGGUGCAGGAUGAACCCCCCGAGGAGAGCUGCCAGAUCAUUCCUUUCGAGAAUGCCUGUAUCGACGACUUCAUGACUUCACUCACCGAGAAUCCCUACGAGUUCUUCCCGACUGAGAGCACCUCCUUUUGUAGUGACAGCUACUCUCCUUUAUCUGGGUCUGAGCAGGAAGGGAAGUCAGGGGUCUGUGUACAGGAGCACCCCAUGGCUGGAAGUGUAGGUGGCCUGCGGGGUGGAGCCAGGGAGGGCUCCUCCGUCCCCGAUGUGGUGGUCAUGCCCGAGGAUGCAGACACAGUGGAUGACUCGCUGACCAACCCCUAUGUGAUUGGCCCAGGCACUUGCAGUGUGAGGGAAGAUGCAUCCUCCAACGGCAACGGUGGCCUGGUCCCCAUUGACAGGAAGGGCACUUGCAGUGUGAGGGAAGAUGCAUCCUCCAACGGCAACGGUGGCCUGGUCCCCAUUGACAGGAAGGGCAUGGUCACACGGGCCCGGCCCCACUCUGCAAAAGUGGCUGGCUAUGUCCCAGAAACUGUCUUGGAAGAAACUGGGCCAGAGGCCGGUCCACCAGCUGGUGUGGGAGGCACUGCCGAGCAGGCAGGAGAGACCGGGGCACCACUAGAGGGGGCGCCACUGGAGUCUGGCCGGGCCUUGCCCGUGAAGCCCAGGGCCUGCACUCUGUACCCACGGUCGUUCUCCGUGGAGGGCCGAGAUGUGCCGGCGUCCAUGUACCGGGAGCCAGAGGCAUGUGGGUUAGAUGACCGCAGGGUAAAAAGGAAGGAAGACAACCUUUCUCUGUCCUGUGUGAUCGGCUCUUCCGGGAGUUUCUCCCAGAGAAGCCACCUGCCGUCCAGCGGGACCUCCACCCCGUCGUCCAUGGUGGACAUCCCACCCCCUUUCGACCUGGCCUGCAUCACCAAAAAGCCCAUCACGAAGAGCUCUCCCUCGCUUCUGAUCGAGAGCGACACCCCGGACAAGCAGUCCAAGAAGAAGAAGUCGUCCUUCAAGCGGCUCCUGGCGCUGACCUUCAAGAAGAAGACAGAGAGCAAAGUGCACGUGGAUGCGAGCAUGUCCUCCUCCAGGUCCUCUUCGGAGUCCAGCUACCACGGGCCUUCCCGGAUUCUGGAAAUUGACCGCAGAAGUCUCAGUAACUCCCCCCAGCUGAAGACCCGCACUGGGAAGCUCCGGGCCACAGACUCUCCUUCCUCCCUCAUCUUCUGCCGAGAUGGCAAGAGGAAGGGUGUCCCCUUCAGCAGGACAGUGUCCAGAGUGGAGUCCUUCGAAGACCGCUCGCGGCCACCCUUUCUGCCCUUGCCGCUGACCAAGCCCCGGUCCAUUUCAUUUCCCAACGCCGACACGUCGGACUAUGAGAACAUCCCAGCCAUGAACUCGGACUAUGAGAACAUCCAGAUCCCGCCCCGGAGGCCUGCGAGGGCUGGCACGUUCACAAAACUGUUUGAAGAUCAGAGCAGAGCCUUGUCCGCAGCAAACGAAAACGAUGGCUAUGUGGACAUGAGCAGCUUCAAUGCCUUCGAGAGCAAGCCACAGAACACAGACCAGGAUGCAGAAAGUGCCUACACGGAGCCCUACAAAGUCUGUCCCAUCUCGGUGGUGGCCCCCAAAGAGGACCUCACAUCGGAUGAAGAGCAGGGAAGCUCGGAGGAGGAGGACAGUGCUCCAAGAGACCCCAGCCUUACCCACAAGGUGGAAGGACAGUCCAGAGCCCUUGUCAUCGCACAGGAACUGCUGUCUUCGGAGAAAGCAUACGUGGAGAUGCUCCAGCACUUACAUCUGGAUUUCCAUGGAGUUGUCAUGAAGGCCUUGGAUGACAUGGACCAAGAAGGCAGAGCCGCAUUGGCCCGGGGGGAGCUGAGGCAGGGCCUGAGUGAGCUCGCAGCCAUCCAUGACCUUCACCAAGGCCUCCUGGGGGAGCUGGAGGAGAGGCUGAGUUCUCACUAUCCCAUCCCCCUCCCUGGCUGCAGGGAGAGCCAGCAGAAGGUGGCCGAUGUCUUCCUGGCCCGGGAGCAGGGGUUUGACCACCACGCUGCCCACAUCCUGCAGUUUGACAGGUACCUGGGUCUGCUUGGUGAGAACUGCCUGCACUCUCCCCGGCUGGCAGCGACUGUCCGGGAAUUUGAGCAGAGUCUGCCAGGAGGCGGCCAGACCAUGAAGCACCAGCUGCUGAGGGUGGUGCGGCGCCUCUUCCAGUACCAAGUGCUCCUUACAGACUAUUUAAACAACCUCUGCCCAGACUCGGCUGAGUAUGAUAGCACACAGGGUGUGCUGACGCUCAUCUCCAAAGUUACAGACCGUGCCAAUGACAGCAUGGAGCAAGGGGAAAACCUGCAGAAGCUGGUCCACAUUGAGCACAGCGUUCGCGGCCAAGGGGACCUCCACCAGCCAGGAAGGGAGUUUCUGAAAGAAGGGACACUAAUGAAAGUGAUGGGGAAAAACAGACGGCCCCGGCACCUGUUUCUGAUGAGUGACGUGCUCCUGUACACAUAUCCCCAGAAGGACGGGAAGUACCGGCUGAAGAGUACAUUGGCGGUGGCCAGCAUGAAGGUUAGCCGCCCUGUGAUGGAGAAAGUGCCCUACGCUCUGAAGAUCGAGACUUCCGAGUCCUGCCUGGUGCUCUCUGCAAGCUCCUGUGCGGAGAGGGAUGAGUGGUACAGCUGUCUGAGCAGAGCCCUCCCCGAGGACUACAAGGCCCAGGCGCUGGCUGCAUUCCACCACAGCCUGGAGAUACGGGAGAAGCUAGGGGUUAGCCUGGGGGAGAGGCCCCCGACCCUCGUGCCUGUCACCCACGUAAUGAUGUGCAUGAACUGUGGCUGCGACUUCUCCCUCACCCUGAGGCGUCAUCACUGCCACGCCUGUGGCAAGAUCGUGUGCCGGAACUGCUCACGGAACAAGUACCCUCUGAAGUACCUUAAGGACCGGAUGGCCAAGGUCUGCGACGGCUGCUUCGGGGAGCUGAAGAAGAGGGGCGGGGCUGUCCCAGGCCUGAUGAGAGAGCGGCCUGUGAGCAUGAGCUUCCCCCUGUCCUCACCCCGCUUCUCGGGCAGUGCCUUCUCGUCUGUCUUCCACAGCAUCAACCCCUCGACCUUCAAAAAACAGAAGAAAGUCCCUUCGGCCCUGACCGAGGACAAAGUGGCCGUGGAGAGUAUGCCUCUGCUAGGUUUCACCAUCGCCCCAGAAAAGGAAGAAGGCAGAAGCGAAGUAGGACAUAUUUUUCAUCUUUACCACAAGAAAACCCUAUUUUAUAGCUUCAAAGCAGAGGAUACCAGUUCAGCUCAGAGGUGGAUCGAGGCCAUGGAAGAUGCUAGUGUGUUAUAGCAGUUAUCAAGCAUAUGGACUCAGAAUAAACUCUUAGGUUGAUAUGUGAACCCUUCCAGAAGCUAAUCCGUGUCUCAACUCAUCUGGACACACAUCUGGAUUCAGCAUGGGGCUUGACCUUUUUUGCUGUAACAUCCCCUCCCUUCCCAACACCUUCCCAAGUGGAACCCUUAAGGAAUAUUUAUGGACCUUUCCUUUUCUGUCUUCGUGUUUUCUACCCCUUACCCCUGGUCAUAAACUAUUUCCUUAUCCAGCAGUGAGUUAAAAUUUAGUAACAUGAAGAUGUGGAAACCAGUAGAAAAGUACAUGUUAGAAAUGCAGGCUUUUUAGUAGAAACAAGCUUUUACUGUUUUUAGUCAUGGUAAAUAUGAUCACCUUUCACAGGAUCGAUUUUGGCACCUCAGGUGAAAUGAGAAACAACCAGUAACAGCUACUCUCAUUGAAAGCACUUUAUUGUUUUACGAGCUGCAACCGCCAAUUAUGUGUUUUCCAAGUGAUUUACUUAAGUUAAUAACAGACGGGGUCCUGUGGACUAAUUUGCCACCAGUGCCCUAAUAAGGGUAUACAUACAAUUGCCUCAUGCAGACCUGGCUGUGGCUGGCCAUUGCAUGAGCACAUGACAUCACUGUGGAGAGUCCAUGCUCCACUGGAUAAAAGGAGAGGAUUUUCUCUUCCAGUUGAUCAUGCGACCUGUAUACUGACAUAACUUAUUAAAGAAGAGGCUCUCUCCUUCCCAUGGUAGUCCUCAACACUAUACCAGUGCUGGAAAUGUAGCCCCUGGCAGAUCUGGCCCCCCAGAGGUCACUGCAGACCCUCUGAAGAGUCAGGGUCUGCUUUAAUUUAUUGUAUGCUUUCCUGUAUUUACCCCACUUGAAGCUGACGUCGUGUUGAUGGGAACCUAUUUUUAUUUUAGACAUAUAGUAGUAACCCUUAGGCUGUUUUGCCAAAGCCUUUUUAGUUUUGAAAGAGAUAAAAAAGAGAAGUCAAGAUAUGAUCAGAAUUUUUAGUAUUAGCAGAUGGCUCUGGACACAGGGAGGGAGCACAGAAGUAGUGGCUUCAAGAUAUUCUCUGGCCACCUGGGGCUAAAUCACCUCCUGCUGAUGACUUGCUCAUUAUGCUAGACUGUUUUUCACAUAAGGCAGAGGAGGUGUGAGGGGUGGAAUUCCUUGUUACUCUCAUUGCAAUAAAAAAACAUAUCAUUUUCUGAUA